AUGCCUGCAAUUGAAAAAAAUACAUCUGAAGAAGAUGAAAAUUAUAUUAUAUCGAGAGCAAAGGAAGCUCAAAAACAAAACAUUUAUUCGGCGAAAGCUUGGAUGUUAACUGCUAAAACUUUGUUUCCUACUAAUUUUAAAAUUCAAUUUGAAGCUUAUUUAAUGGAAAAGCAAUCUGGAAACGUACAAGAAGCUGCGGAAUGUUUUAGCUCAUUAAUGUUAGUGCCUCAAAAUUUAAACAAUUUGCUACCCGAAAUAUCUGCUAUAGCAAACGCUCUUAAAUCCAAUGAACCAAGUUUUUUAAGUCAAAUGUUUGAUCACAUAUGCCCUGAUAUUCAAUUAACAAUACUUAAGACAAGUGUUGAAAAUAGUGAUGACACUAUGGAACAUUGUCGAUUAUUAGUAUUAUUAUUAAAGAAAUUUCCUCAACUUGGUGUAGAUAGCCUUGUCAAAACAUUGAUAAAUGCUGAAAAAUUCUUCUAUGAUAACCGAUAUGCUCGAUUACUUGUUGUUGAAACUUUACCAUUACUUAACUCACUGGAAUCCCCAAGAUUACUUCAGCGUUUAGUGGUCAAAGCAAUAGACUUUUACAAUUCUUAUAUUUAUGAUGAAACAGAACAUGACAUCACUGAUCCUUGGCAAAGGCUAUAUGGGGUUUUGGAAUUGUUGGGAAGACAAUUAGGAUGGGAUUCUUAUCUUGUAAACUAUAGUAAUAGCCUCAAUAAAGAAUCUUACUAUCAGAAAUUGUUAAGUCUCAGGAGUUUUGAUGAUUGUAGGCAACUUUUGUACUGUGGAGUGGUAUUUUUCUUAAGAUCCUUACAUGAACAUAAAUCUUUAAAAGGUAAUCAUAUUUUAGUUGAAGCUUUGUCCGAUCCUGAUUUACCACCCUCAAAACGACGCAAAGGAGAUAUUGAAGUAACAGGAAUAUCUGCUCAUCAGUUCCAAGCAGCUGCAAAUUGUUGGGAGCUAUUACAUCGCAAUGAAGUUAUAUCAAGGGAAUUUCUGAAAUUAACAUCUCAAUUACAAGUGAAACCUUGGCUGGAUGGGUUUUCUGAAGAAUUAGCUUUAUACAGAGGCAGGUAUGAUGAAGCAAUUUCAACAUCUGCAUCAAAUAAUAUAACAACUAUUAUAACCAAAGUAUCCUUAAGCUUUUGUCAGCAAAAUUAUACAGCUUGUAUUGAAAAUAUUAUAUCAGCUUUACCUUUAUUACCUCCAGUAGAAGGGGUGUUAGAAUCGGACCUCAUAGUUGGUGGUAAACAUAGACAUCUUCACUUUUUACCUUUGACUAAAGUUGCAAUCAUGCAUUAUUUUUGUACUUUACUAAUUAGAAUUCUAUUGAAAACUGGUAAUAAUACUGAUUUAACUUAUGGACAUAUAUUAGUAUUGAUGCAACUGGGAUGGCCACAAGAGGAAUCUGUAUUUAUACAUAUAAUGGACACUAUUAGAAAAAGAGGUGUUUUCCAUUACCAUCUUUUUCCAACAUAUAUUAUCCACAUUGAUUUAUUAGAAGAAUUGAGUUUCAUAUGGAAUGAGCAGGGGAAAAAUAUAGCUUUGGAUAUUCUACCCAAUUCACAACAACACUUAGGACAACGUCGCAUUGGCACUCGUGGAGCAGAUAAAGGUGUUAAAGAAGAUUUCAAACAAGCAAUGAAAGCACAAGUUGCUCGGAGCAAUGAAUCUAUGCUUAAUUUAAUAAUUCAAUUUAUUACAGCUGAGAGAUCUUAUUUUCUACAAUCAUUG